CAUUGUGGGCGCACGGUCCGUUGUUCAUUUGCCAUUCGACCUCCGCCAGGGCCUGGUCGGACGGAAACGCUCCGCCGGCUUUAUUGUCGCUUCGUUAUGUGGCGAAGCCGAGCAGCUUAGCGUGCCUCUGGCCUUCAGCGCCUGCGAAGCCGGCGGCGGCGUCGGGACUCCUCGGCGCGCGGAGGAAGGAUAUCUGUGUGGAGGGUCGGUGUGUGCGCGCGGCUUUAAAGAGGGGGCAGCGAAGGGUCUCCUCGCACUCCGCCGCUCAACUUCGAAGGCCUCGCGCGCCCUCGGCUAGCUCCUCACCUCUCCGCCGCCCGCCCCCUUCUCCGCGCGGGACGCUGCCCAUAGCGCGGCGGGGCGGGGGUGGAGGACGAGAGAGCGGCCGGAGGCGGCGGCCCGGCAGCGGUAGCGGACGCGUGCAGCAGCCCCGGGAGCGAGCGCGAGCCGAGCUGCCGGGCGGGAGGGCGAGGCCGAGCCCCGCGAGACCGGAACGCCGGGGGCGGGGGCGAGACGGAGGGGGAGUCGCGGGGAGCGCGCGGGACGCGGCCCGAGGCCGUGCGCGAGCCGGGGCACCGGGCGGCGGCGGCGGCGGCGGCGCGCGCCAUGUCGUUCAGUGAAAUGAACCGCAGGACGCUGGCGUUCCGAGGAGGCGGGUUGGUCACCGCCAGCGGCGGCGGCUCCACGAACAAUAACGCUGGCGGGGAGGCCUCAGCUUGGCCUCCGCAGCCCCAGCCGAGACAGCCCCCGCCGCCAGCGCCGCCAGCGCUUCAGCAGCCUAAUGGGCGGGGGGCCGACGAGGAAGUGGAAUUGGAGGGCCUGGAGCCCCAAGACCUGGAGGCCUCCGCUGGGGCGGCCGCCGGCGUCGCCGAGGAAGCCAAGGAGUUGCUCCCCCAAGACGCGGGCGGCCCCACCUCGCUGGGCGGCGGUGGCGCUGGGGGCCCCCUGCUAGCGGAGAGGAACCGUCGGACUCUGGCCUUCCGAGGAGGCGGCGGCGGCGGGGGUCUCGGCAACAAUGGCAGUAGCCGCGGCCGCCCCGAGACCUCGGCAUGGCCCCUGAGGCAUUUCAAUGGACGAGGGCCGGCGGCUGUAGAUCUGGAGCUGGACGCGCUGGAGAGGAAGGAGUUGAUGCAGGACGGCGCGUCCCUGAGCGACAGCACCGAGGACGAGGAGGAGGGGGCGAGCCUGGGCGACGGCAGCGGGGCGGAAGGCGGCAGCUGCAGUAGCAGCAGGCGGUCGGGCGGCGAUGGCGGGGACGAAGUGGAGGGCAGCGGUGUGGGAGCUGGCGAAGGAGAGACUGUCCAGCACUUCCCGCUCGCGCGGCCCAAGUCUCUAAUGCAGAAGCUUCAGUCCUCCUUCCAGGCCUCCUGGCUCAAGGACUUUCCCUGGCUGCGCUAUUCCAGGGAUACUGGCCUUAUGUCUUGCGGCUGGUGCCAAAAGACCCCUGCAGAUGGGGGAAGCGUGGACCUUCCCCAAGUGGGGCAUGAUGAGCUUUCGCGAGGGACCCGCAACUACAAGAAAACCCUUCUCCUGAGGCACCACGUCUCUAACGAGCACAAACUCCACGCCAACGCCCAGGAAUCAGAGGAGGGUUACUGUGACUUUAAUAGUAGGCCACAUGAAAACUCUUACUGCUAUCAACUUCUGCGACAACUAGAUGAACAGAGAAAGCAAGAUAUUCUUUGUGAUGUUAGCAUUGUGGUAAGCGGAAAAAUCUUCAAAGCUCAUAAGAACAUCCUGGUUGCAGGCAGCCGUUUCUUUAAGACUUUAUAUUGCGCUUCAGACAAAGAAAAACCUAAGCAAAACAAUACUACCCAUUUAGAUAUUGCUGCAGUUCAAGGUUUUUCAGUCAUCUUGGACUUCUUGUAUUCUGGUAACCUGGUGCUCACAAGCCAAAAUGCCAUUGAAGUUAUGACAGUGGCCAGUUAUCUUCAAAUGAGUGAAGUUGUUCAAACUUGCCGAAAUUUCAUUAAAGAUGCCUUAAAUAUAAGCAUUAAAUCAGAAGCUCCAGAGUCUGUAGUUGUGGACUACAAUAAUAGAAAACCAGUUAACAGAGAUGGUCUGUCUUCGUCACGGGAUCAAAAAAUUGCCAGUUUUUGGGCAACACGGAAUCUUACCAAUUUGGCAAGUAAUGUAAAGAUUGAUAAUGAUGGUUGUAACGUCGACGAGGGCCAAAUAGAAAACUACCAAAUGAAUGACAGUAGUUGGGUCCAGGAUGGAUCUCCUGAAAUGGCUGAAAAUGAAUCUGAAGGUCAAACAAAAGUGUUUAUUUGGAAUAAUAUGGGCUCCCAGGGAAUUCAAGAGACUGGCAAAACGAGGAGGAAAAACCAAACAACAAAAAGAUUUAUUUAUAAUAUUCCACCUAAUAAUGAAACGAAUUUAGAAGAUUGCUCAGUAAUGCAGCCACCUGUUGCCUAUCCAGAAGAAAAUACACUACUCAUCAAGGAAGAGCCAGAUUUAGAUGGUGCUCUACUCUCGGGGCCAGAUGUUGAUAGGAAUGUGAAUGCAAAUUUAUUGGCUGAAGCUGGCACUAGUCAAGAUGGAGGUGAUGCUGGUACUUCACAUGAUUUCAAGUAUGGUUUGAUGCCUGGUCCUUCAAAUGAUUUCAAGUAUGGAUUGAUACCAGGUACUUCAAAUGAUUUCAAGUAUGGAUUGAUACCAGGUGCUUCAAAUGAUUUCAAGUAUGGAUUAUUGCCAGAAUCUUGGCCAAAACAAGAAACUUGGGAAAAUGGUGAAUCAUCUCUAAUCAUGAACAAGUUAAAAUGCCCUCACUGUAGCUAUGUAGCCAAAUACAGACGAACACUAAAAAGGCACUUGCUCAUUCACACAGGAGUGAGAUCAUUUAGCUGUGAUAUUUGUGGAAAACUGUUUACUCGAAGAGAACAUGUAAAAAGACAUUCCCUGGUGCAUAAAAAGGAUAAAAAAUACAAAUGUAUGGUGUGUAAGAAGAUCUUCAUGUUAGCAGCCAGUGUUGGAAUAAGACAUGGAUCUCGACGUUACGGUGUUUGUGUAGACUGUGCAGAUAAAUCACAACCAGGAGGGCAAGAAGGUGUAGAUCAGGGACAGGAUACAGAAUUCCCUCGGGAUGAAGAAUACGAGGAGAAUGAAGUAGGAGAAGCUGAUGAAGAGCUAGUUGAUGAUGGAGAAGAUCAGAAUGAUCCCUCUCGAUGGGAUGAAUCCGGAGAAGUUUGUAUGUCUCUAGAUGAUUAACUGGCCUACUAUACUCCUCAAGGAUGCUGCAUUUGGACCUAAUAUGAAUCGACAAUUUGGAUUGUUGAACUUGAAGGCUUGCAAAAUAAUGGUACAUGCUGGAUAGUAGUUAUGUUGCUGUGAAAACUGUAGGGUCAAAGCCUUAUAGCAAAAAAAUUUUUUUUUUUUAAUAUUUGCACAGGACUAUACAGCAGACAACCAUGUGGUUGGAUUACAUGGAGUCCCCACAUACUCAGUCAGUUAUCAAAGUAAAAUAUUUUUUAUUUAUAUGAUAUACAGUAACUAUUUGGGUCCUAUGAAAAUAAUCCUUAAAGAGCUUACAUUCAUGUGCUACUUUAACAUGAGUGGAGAAAAUCCAUUUAUGGAAGUACAGUGACAAUUGACCCAAUCACUUUGUCCAUCAAACCACUCAGGCUAGUUUGUACUAGUAGAGUUUUGUUUCUAUUUUUAUUUUUAUUAAUUUUAUUUUUUUUAAUACAGAUUUUCAUUGUGGGGCUUUUUCAACCCCAUUGGUUCUAUUUUCUUGUAUUUUUCCAUUUUAAUUUGCUUCAUAACUUAAACCAAGUCUCUUCUAGUCUUAGGUAUUAUUUCUCAAUUUUGUGCUGAUGGGCAUGUUUAUAAGAACUGGAGAGGUAAUUUAUUGGAAUGAAUUAACUGACUUCCUCCGUUUCCCCCCUUCCUUUCUGACAUGAAUUUUACUACUUCACAAAUGAAGAAUGAUGUUAUGAAGUUACCGUGGUGAAGUUGACAAAUACCACUAAAAUGAUUAUGAUUUAGAAGUAACUUUCUUCUGCUGCUCUAAUCUGAUAAAUGGUUACUAUAAUGUUUUCUGACAUGGUAUUCGGUUUUGGGUAUCUGUUACUUUGGCACUAUUCUUGUUUGCCUCUUUAUUUUUGCCAGUGUACUAUACCUCAGCCCUAUUCGAAAGGCCUAAUUAAAAGAAAAAUCAUAGACAUAAUUAAAAUGAUUUGUUUUAUAAUUUAUCCACCAUGUCCAGUUUGGUUAGCUUGUUAUGCAAUAUGAGUGAAAUAUCAGGUUUUUACCCCUGUGUCUUUUUUGUCAUUAAAAUUAACACAAAAUGUGCAUUCUCUUAUUGUUUUAUACUUAUUGGGAUAUUGUUUGGAAAUUAUGAUCAAUAACUUAUUUUUUCCUGUUCCUUGAAGUCACUCACCUUGAUACAGUCUUCAUAGUAGUCACAAUGUUUCAACAAGUCUCAGAAAUCAUACAAAUAAAAUACUGAGAAGCUUUAUUAUUCUCUAAACUAAAUUCUUCAGGGUACAAAGGGGUGACAUUGAGGUGAAAUUGUCAGAUUUACUUAGUCUGGUGACAUGAAUUAGCUGAUUGUGGAACUCUCAGCAGCAUUUCACAUAUUAACAUGUAUGACAUUAUGAGCAUAUUGUAUAUUAUAUAAGAUUGAGGGAUGUCAUAUUUUCAGCUUUCUUUUAAAUAAAAAUUGAGUAUAUUUUCCUAUUUUAUAUCAGGUAACUAAAUUAUGCUAGUUAUGUGGGAAAAAAAUUGCAAAGAUGCUUUGACAGAUAUAUAAUCCCUUUGGUGCUCCAUCUGAUCAAAGUUGAAAAGUUGAUGUUUUUUAAGAGACAAGCUUUACCAUUGUCUCUGAUUUCAGUAGAAUAAUGGUUUAUUGUUAGACAGUGAUGUUUCUGCUUGGAUAAAUCAAAGAUAAAUUACAGUUACAUGGUUAGAUGCAGCUUUUGUCAUCUGUAUUGUAGUUUCUACAUAACUGUAAACCUGACAGAUACAAAUAGUUUCAGUUUGAUUUUUGUUUAAAACGGAUGAGUACAUCUUAAUGUUCUAGACAAAUGAGUAAAAUGUAUUUCUGGUAGAAAUUAGUUGGGCAAAGAUACUAUGAAUGAAAAAGUAUUUUAAACGUAAAAUGUUCUUUGUGAAUAUGUAAGUAUAGUAUAAAGACUUCUUUCAUCCCAUUUAUCCCCUUCCUUUAAAUAAACUAGUUUACAAUUGGUAGAUCUGUCUAUAUAUAAAUAUAUAUUAAAGAAAAAGAUAUAUAUCUAAAAAUCACCUAAAUCUGCUUUAUUAGACUACAGUUCACUUAUUGCAUAGAAACUGGACUUGGCUUUAUAUUCUUAAUGUACUUUUACUUUUCCUCAGAAUAUGAACUUAUUCUCUUGAAGCUGAAUUUCUUUUACUACUUAAAUCAUUUAUGUAUAUCUGGUAAAUUAUGACCAAAUUUUUGUUAGAUUGCAUAUAGUAAAUUGAAAUACACACUUGGUACACUACGGGAUUGUUGUGCUUUUGUUUGGUUUUAGUUGGAAAUAAGGUUUGAUGUAGAUGGCUUGUUACUGUUAAUUUAAAAUAUUCUAUAAUUGUCCAUUACCUUUUAUGUUGUGUUGUGACAGAUUUGGCUAUAUUUUUAGUCAAUUGAAAUAUGAUACUUUAAAAAGUUUGUUUUUUAGGUAAUCCAAAGGAAAAGUGUUUAUACUCUUGAUUAUAUUAGCCUCAGCCUAUUAAAUUUCUUUGAAGUAAACAUUUUACCAGAAACAGAAUUGACAGAUUUUUCUACUUGCUGACUGCCUAACUUAUUUUGUUUCAUGAUCUUGAGGGACUGCCUUUUCCCAUCUAGAUCUUUUUAAAAAUAGUUUUAGUACUAAGGUAUACUACUGGACAUUUCUAUUUUUUUAAGUAUAUUCUUUUUCUGACUUACAGUACAAUUUCAGGAAGUUGAUAGAUACCAAGAACUUAAGAUUGGUCUCAGAGGUAACAAUGGAAUAUUCACAAUUUUGUCUGUGGAUCUCUGCCAGAAUUACGUUAACAUUUGGCGAAGUUAUCUCUUGUAAUUUAUAUUUUAAAUGAAAGUAUUUUAGAGCUUUUAAUUUUAAUGAAGGAGAAGAGUAUAAAACUUUCUUUCAUAUUAACUGUAGUUACAGACUAUCUUAUAAAUCAACAUCGUGCAUUAUUUCUUAGAGUUCUCAGAGAAAGAUACUUCCCUGUUCAUUUUUGUUAUUUACUAGGUAUUUUGCUAAAUUUAGCACACUAGGAAUUAAGAGUUUUAAAAAGAAACAUAGGAAGGGUAAACUGAGCAGUAAUGAGUAGCUCUGAAAUUGGGGGAAAACACUAGCUGGGUUAGUCACAGCCAUCCUAAUAAUGGAGAAGCGUAAGCUAAAUGAGUUAAUUCACGUAAAGUGCUUAGAACACUGGUACAUAGUAGGUACAUAACACAUCUUAAAGUUGUUUAGUAAUAAGAACCAAGAGGAAAGAAACGAUAAAAAAAAAAAAAAAAAAAGGCGGGGGGGAAGGAAGGAGAAAAUGGGAAAUGAAAGGAUUGGGACUUGGGCAUUUAUAUGAACAGAAAAUGGUAUAAACGGCCUGAAUAUGACUGGAAUAGUAUCAUGGGGGAAUGUGUGAUGGAAAAUAGGUUUUAAAAAAUCUUAAAUUUUGAAACUUAAGCAUUAUUUAUAUUUUUUAGGAUUUUGUGAACAUAGCAUGAAGGGUUUAGAUUCAUUUUUCUGAAAAUGAUUCAAAAAAUUACCACUUUUUUUUUUUUCCAGUGCCACACUUGCCGUUGUGCUGUAUACAUGAUUUUACCUUAAUUUUCUAUAAGGUAGGUGCUAAUUGUCUCCAUUUUAUAGAGAAAAGACUCAGAGAAAUUCAGAAACUUGGCUAAUUUAACACAGCUGUGAUAGAGCUGGGAUUUGACCACGUGUGAUUCUGCACUCGAUCUUAGCCAAAAGGUUGAGUAGCGAUCCACAUCUGAUUCUGAAGCCCGUACUCUUUAAAGGAGGCUCUAUUGCUGCCUCAUUAUAAACAACUCUUGUAGAAUUUCAGCUUUUAAAGGAGUCUGUCUAUGGAUUUAUAUAUUUCCUAUAAGACAGCUGUGUUUAGAAUUUUGGGUGUCUUUUCUCCCCCCAACAAAUUUCCUUACUACUACUCUUUCCUCAUAAAGCAGUCGUUUUGUCACUUUGACUAUAUUAAGACACAUCAGUGUAGCACAUGCUCUUAACCGGCUGUGGCAUUUUAAUUUUAUAAAAGAAUGAUUUUUUAUCUGAAGAACUAGAUAUAAACCCCAGUCUUUGUGCCGUUCAGUCACCCAGAUCCUUAAACUUAACUACGGUACAUAAUUUCCACACUUAGAACUAACAGGUGUUUAGUCACUUUAGGACUUAAAAUGGAAAGUUUUUUUUUUUUUCCUGCUGUAUCCCUGCUUUCAACUGAAGUUGAAGAAUUCUAGAUAGUUUAAAAUGUGUUAGGGAUAAGCACACUUCAAAAGAUGUUUUCUAGCCCUGAAUUUUAUGACAUUGGGUACUUAAAUUUGAAGUACACUAGCUAUUGAGAACAGUAUUUUGGGUUGAGAGCAAUGGUUGAGGCCAUUAUGUAGUGGGAGAAUCAGCAUUUUGAACACUGUAAACAUAAAAGAACACUUCUGCCUGCUGUUUGUAAAAGCUCUUUGGGAAGCUCUUUGGGAAGAUCUUUUACGAAGACCAACUUUUUAAAAUGUAAAUUACCUACCUAAUAUAAGUGUCCUAAGACAUGUAUGUAAACUUCCGAAACUGUUUUGUUUGUGUAUUUAGAAAAUACACAGGAAUCUUUAUCAAACCUAAAAAUAUAAACUUGUGAGCACUAAA